AGCGGUUUCUUGCCUUGGCGGUUUAGCAGAGCUGACUACCUCGUCUAUAAGCUGCGUCGAACUCAGAUCUCGCACUAUUAGGUGACAUACUACUCAACCAAUAAUGGGUUACGAGCGAAAUCAGUACCCGGGGAUGGAACCUCCGGAUAUGUACGGUGACACAUCAAGCAUUCUUCAAAAUAUCGAUUUUGAUAAUCCGAUAUUGACUACACAAUUUGAUACACUACCAGAUUUCCUUGAACCGCCUGUCGUUCCACCUGUCGGUCCAUAUAACACUCAUCCUUCUCAGUUCCAGAGCUUCGACCCGACUCUUGCAGUACCGGAACCAAUUUACCCGGUCUCUCAAGAGUUCGUAGACCCGACCCUUCUAAGUAACACCGGUCAUGUUGCGGUUCCUACCUUCCAGCAAGAACCGUACGGUACGUAUAAUUCCAUGAACAUCAGUGGCCCCGUUGCCAACCACCAUGAUUUCACAGCCACCUCCCCAAGCUAUCCUAUCAACUACACCCAGUUUCAUCCUACCCAGUUUUCACCGCCUCCUCAACCUUAUCAACCUUAUCAACCUCAGCAUCCGCAGCCACUUAGUUCGUAUCCAACCCCUCGCCGAAUCAGCGACGUGAGUAUAUUGAGCUCUGAGUACAGCAACAGCCAACCAGAGAACGAAAAACGGGACAUAUUUUCACUCAGAAGGAGCAGAAUACCCUCACCAGUCCUCAUUCACCAUGAGCCCCCCUUAAAGCGCCCUGCCAAGGGGCCCAAUGGAUUAUCGCUAAGAAGCGGCCAGAUACCUAGAGUCACAAGGAAGAAAGACCCAAAACCAGACCCUCGGGAGUGGUACGGGUCCCCACCAUCUCCCCCGGAGAGCUGGGGUCCAAAGGAUAAAAAUGGCCGUCCUCUUUUUAAGUAUACGGAAUGCGGAGAGCUUGAGAGGGGCAAAACGUAUUCGGAACACGAACUACGUAGGUAUCUCUACGGCCCCAAAAACGAUGACCUUUUUUCGCAACCGAGCCGAUUACACGGGGUACCAGAGGUAGAGGACAGGAUCCGCCAGGGUCUUACGUUGUGGAUUGGUUGGGUCGCUCCUCAGUCCAAUGACAGAUAUCCCUACGGAACCCAAUCUCAGAAGUGUCGAUUUGCCGGCUGUGAAGAUACUCAGAAUACCAUCAGGACGGGAUUUCCGCGUAUUAUCUUUGAUGAGCGGAUGAAUGAUGACGGUGAGGUCAUCGACCCUUACCAUAAUGCCGGGUAUAUGCAUUUAUAUUGCUUUGAGCAGCAUUUCGAUCUCGUCGACGCCAUGAUUCACCUCGACGUCCGCCCCGACGAGAGGAACUUCAAGCACGAGGAUAACAUCUUCAAGUUGACAAGGCAUUUCUCUGAUAUGCGGACCGUAGUCGACUUGUGGUGGUACGACGAAUAUCCAAAGUUCGUUGAGGCCAGAUCAAGGGGGAAGAGGCGAGACCAUCGUAAUUAUAAGAAUUCCCUAAGCUACCGGCUUAUUCUCCAUGCACUUGAUAAUAGCACUGACGCUCGUCUUAAACUACGCGAAGAGAGAGGUGGCGCUAAUAUGGCAAAGCACAAAGGAGACAUCAAAAAACAAAAGUUCUUGAGAGAAUGUAGAAACUUUGGGUUACUAGAUGAUAAUGACAACCCAGUCCCCGGUGCCGAUGUACGGCUGCCAGAGCUUAUGCUUGAAAAACGCCUAGCAAAGAAAUUAGCUAGAACAGGCGGACGUAAAGACACUCCAGCACCAGCAGAAGAUCUGCCCUCACCAGCAUCAACAACUUACCAAAGCACCGCGGAAUAUCAACAGGACGCUACUAAUUCAACGCCUUGUAGUAUACACUCGUCAAUUGAUUUCUACACUCCAGUGCUGGGUUCGGGUUCGCCCUAUGCGUAUUUGUCUCCAAAGCCAAUAUCGCCUCCUCCUUACCAUCAACAACCAAUUUCGAGCCCUGGAACCUCGUCGAGUCCCAUAGGGAACACGGCACGAAAGCGAGGUAGGGACGAAGUAUUGAUGGAAGAUCGAAAUAUCGGUAUACCCUACGAUCCUAUUCGGGAUGGCCCAAAUAAGAGGCCACGAACAAGCCCUAGCCCAGCACCACCCACAACGCCUCAACAUGCGUAUGCUCAGGUACCAGAUCACACGGGGCAACAGGACGAGGCCGACAAUGGGGUUGGUAGUGUACCAACGCCAACGGAGGCAAGUCAUUUGCCAACUCCGCCUCCGACUGAGCCUCUAGGUUUGUACCCGGAUUCCGAUUUUAAUAUCCAUAAUGCAGCGUCCGUUAACGUGGAUAUUAUUACAGAGGGUACGGAAGAUAACCAAGAAAAAGGCGAAAAACAAGCUGAAAUGGCUGAUGACGAUUCGGUCGAGGCUGUGGACAAUAUAGAAUUCAACGAAUGCGAUGAUCUUUUUGGCAACCCUGCUGACGAAGCCGGACUCGCCGACCUAUACAACCCCUGAGGCAGUUUGCCAUUGGACACAGCUGCCCUGGAGGCAGAGACCGGUCCAACGAAUAAGCUGCCCAUGUAGCUGAAUAUCUUCAACUUGCGGUAAGUUUGAAUUCAUGGGAAAAUUAGGCAUUCUAGGGCAUAGGGGUGGCGUUUGACCUUAGGACACGCAUUGGGUUGGGCGCUUCGUGAGUAAGUUGUCCUUUCUUGUUGCCACGUCUCUGACGAGGGGAGUUUGUCAAAUGUACGCGAUACCGGGAUGUAUGUUUCCAUGGGCAGGCUAUUCGAGAAAAUGUCCAUAUAAGAAAUUAUUAAAAAAAGAAAAAAAAAAGUAUUUCUACAACCGAUAU